AUGGGGACAUAUAUUACAAAUGAUAUUUAUAAAGAUCUGAAAUUACUUAUUAAUUCCUUGACUGGUUUUGAGGAAAAAGGGCAAACAGCACGUCACUUUAAAUUAUGUGAAAAAUUCGUGCUGUCAAAUAUUAAAAACCACAAUUACUUACCAAUAAACAGUCAUAUUGUCAGAAGAUCAGUGAAUGAUCUAAAAGAAAAAUUUAUCGUUCACGGUAAUUACAAAGUUGCUGAAAGAUUUACGAGUUUAGUAGACUCUCUGCUGACUUCAUCAGCAUUCAACUUCGAUCAGCAUCCGCAGCAUGAUCUACAGUGGACAUUGUUGUCUUUACUGAUUGAGCUGUCCAAUGAGACAAGCAAGUCGAUUAUUUCCACUGGCGAUGACAGUAUCGAUGCACUGGAUCUCGGCAGCGAUGAUGAGAGCGAUGAAAACUUUGACAGUAGAACAGUCGACCUGAAUGACAGCAGAACAGAUGAAAUAAACUGGGAGGAGUAUCUCAAGGAAGGCCAACAAGAAUUCUUUACGGGUUCAUCUCAAAGUACUUUAAAAAAAAAGUCCAGCUCUAAUUGUCCAGCUGAAUUGUCUCUUAAGUCCCAAGCGAAGUCAAGGUCUCUAGAAAAAUUUACAAGGAUCGUCGAAUCUCAGAAGUGGCUGGAGCUCAAUGUCGAAAACACCUGGUGGAGUGAAAAAAAUUACCAGAAUGUCCAAGUACUCAGUGUGUUUCCCCAGGCGCAUUUCUGUGAAAUUUACGAAAGCUUUCGGCAGUCAACAAGUGAAGCUGGCAAAUCAGGAACUUCCUUAAUUUCAGAGUACCAAGCUUGCCGAGAAGUACUCUGGAUGCUUACCCACCAAGCAGUCACUUCUUCGGGUGACUAUGACAACAUUGGAGUAGUCUACGAAAAAACACUGGACGAAUUUAGCGUGAAUAAAAAUAUUUCCAUACCGAGUUUAACUCCUAAAGCCUUUCAAAGCGCGUUUGGUAGCUUUGUUGAAUAUUUUUCUAUGGUAAAGAAGCUUAAUUGUUUGCUCGAGAAUACUGAUAUCAAUACAAGCAAUAUUAAAUCUUUAUUUCCGAUUACUUAUGAAAAUUACAGCACAUCUGUAAUGCAAUAUUUUAAUAGAUUAAAGGAAGAUAUUAUUGAUGUGGAAAAAAAAUCAAUGCAGCGUAAAUUUAAUCCUACGACAUUCCUGACUUUGUCUAAAGAUUUGGAACCUAUUGUUGGACAAUUAAGUAUGCUCAGUGAUAUUCAUCGGUCGGUAUUGACUGAUGAGCUGCUAAAGAGUCAAACAAAUUGGGAGAAAAGCUACCGGUUACUUUUGAAUUUAUAUCGUCAAGUUGAAAAUUCAUCUAGUCGUAGUCGUACUAAUCUUUGUGCUAGUCUUUAUUUGUCGAGUUUGAAAAUUUAUUUAAAUAUUAUAGACACAUGGUUGACUGAAGGAAGACUGGAGGAUUUUCGUGAUGAAUUUUUGGUGUUUAAAAAAAAUUUUAGUAACAAUUUUGAGAGCACCAGUUCUGAAGACGGAGAUAGAAUUAAAAUGGCAUCGUUCGCUAUAAGGCCGAUAGAAAAAGACGGGUUGGUAAUUGAUCCGAUUACUAAAAAAUUGUUGAGAAAAAUAGAAGAAAUGGGAAGAAAUAUUGAUCUGCUUGUUACGUUAAAUAGAAUUUCAGACAUGUGGAAAAUGAAUGCUGAGAUUUAUGACUCAACAAGAAUCCCGUUGAGUGAAGAAUUUAUUUCUUAUGUUAUUAUGGAGUUGAGUAAGUACGGAAAUGAUUCCAGUGAGAUUGAUCACAGUGAUCAACUGGAUGCUGCUAAUGUAGAUUAUGAAAUUGAUAGGAGUACAAAUGCCAGUGAUUUGUCAAAAGUAUUGGUAAAAGAAACAGAUACGGAUAAUUUGGACAAUGGAUUGGACGCGGCGUGCUUAAUAAACCUUGAAGAAAAUAUUCGACAGCAAAUUCGGCAAAUAAAUAAUCCAUUUCUCAUGAAAGUCUUCCAAAAUUAUCUGCCCUCUCUGACGACACCCACACUGAGUUUUGUAAAUUUUCCAGCGACUAGUAGUGUGGAUACUGUUGAUUUUAGAGAAAAAAAUUUGGAAGAUAGGAGGGAAGUACGAACACAGUGGGGAGUGAUAAAUAUAUUUGAUAAAUUAGAAGGCAUGUCGGAAUUUAUCCUCCCAUUUCGCAAAGCUUUAGAAACAACCUUGGACACUAUACUGGAUCGUCGUUACUCGUGUGCUUCUAAAUUGGUGAAAAAUAUUCUUAUCGAUGAGUAUAAGCUUGAGAGGCAUUUAAAAUUAAUGCGGUCUAUUUAUAUGAUGGAGCGAGGCCAUGUUAUGAGGAAGUUUUAUCAACUUAUGUUCCAAGAAAUUGAGACCGGUAACUUGGCGACGUAUCGCAUAAAUCCUUACGGGGACUUAACAAAUAUUUUGGAACAAGUUCUGUCGGAUGAAUGGAGAGACUCAAGUUCGCAAAAUCGUUGGUCAAUUACAAUAGUACCCUCAGAUGGAGGUAACACCACGCGACAAGUUAUUCAAGCCAUCGAAAAUACAACACUUGAUUAUUCUGUUGAUUGGCCGAUAAAUAUGGUUCUAGCUGAGCCGGUAUUAGUCAAGUACAAUGAAAUUUUUAGGUUUCAAUUGAAAUUAAAAUGGGCUUUAUGGACUCUGAAUAAUUUGUUAUUUACAGAUCUUGAGGGAAGUUCUGAAGACAUGAAAGAUUUCUUCUUCCAUUUCAAUGCCAGAAGAUUAGAAUGCUUACGGUUUUGGCUGCUCCACGCGAUUGGAUCUAUUCACACUUAUCUAUCAGGUCAAGUUCUUCAAAGUUUAGGCCUCAUUUUGGAGAACUCGUUGGCACAAGCCAAAGAUCUUGAUACUAUCAUUCAGAUCCACAAUGAUUAUCUUGAUAAAGCUCAUGAGCAUUGUUUACAAACUCCACAAUUUGCUGAUAUCAUGACGACAAUAAAUAAUUUGCUGGAAAUGUGUGCUCACAUACGUGACCGUUGGAAGCGAGGUGUUAAGCAUUUGAUGCCUCAAGAGUUGGAUGUGAUGGAGAAAAAAUACAUAAAGUUCCAUACUUAUUUAGCAUUGGCGCUCCACAACGCGGUACAGCACAAAGAAGCCGAUUACUUGGCCAGCUUAACAACUGCUUUUAAUUGCAACAAGAGCGGUAUUAUCACUAGUAUUAGCAGCAACACUGUGAACCAAACUUCGUGCGUUGAUAUUCAGCCGUUAAUUAAAAGCUUACUGGCGGAAGUUGCUCAUCAAAGUUAUCCACCCUCUGGUUUUCCAUCCACUAAAAUUUUUUGA